AUGUCGGCCACGGAUCAGAUGGAACGUUUCGCUUUGGCUGAGAACCCUCUUGCGGUGGCCGAGAGCUCCCUCGUCCUGCCUCAGGACUCCCGAACCGUGACUGAGCCUUCGGCCUUGAACGAUCGUUCUGGCCCCGCCCAAUCUGCCUUGGUCCAAUCUGCCAUGAUUGACCACUCUGUCUUGAUUCACCAACCCGACCCCAUCAAAGGACCCGUUGUUGAACCCCUUCAAGGAUUUGCUGUCCCCCCUCUCCCCACUCUCCCUCCUCCCACCCAGGCUGACAAUCUUCCACCCUACGUCUGGACUCUCAUCCCGAACAUCCGCAAGCUGUCCAAGAAAUGGGACCAGGAUUUGUGGCUCUGCCGCGUUAAGGGCACCCUCCACACCCUCGGCAUCAAGGAUGUCAUCUCCAAGUACCUCGACCGCCCCGAUGAGUCUCACCCCAGCUACCAAAACUGGAAGAGAUGGUCCCAGCGCGUCGACAGAUGGCUCUUCACCAAUGUCGGAGAGAAGAUUCGGUUCCGUCUGCAGCAGAUCAACCCCCUCUUGAGUUCGCCGAUGUGA